AGGAACUGGGGUGAGCAAGCACUGUGGCUUUGUCUGUUUCCUGUUUCAGCAAAGGCUGCUGUGCAAAAAGAAAGACCGUACUAACAAGGGAAACGCUAAGGGGGCCGUGGAUUGAGAGCUUGCACUUUACUCAGCUGCUGUCCUGCCCCAUCUGAGACAAGAGCCAUGAUCUGCCCAGGAGCUGGAAUGCUCUCCUGAGUUGCUUGGUUUGGAGCCUGGGACCCAAGGCUCACACUGGGAGCUGUGCCCCAGGCGGCCAGACCUAUGCGGGAAGCCCCUCCCUGCACACACAGACAGGAAGCAGGAGCAGACUUGGAAAGGUGGCGACAAACCACUGUCAGACCCAGGCAGCUAUUCCAGGAACUGGAAGCCAAGCACAACAGGUGCUCAGGAGGUCAUCAUGAUCAGCCCGGACCCCAGGCCUUCCCCUCGCUUGGCCCGCUGGGCUGAGAGCUACGAGGCCAAGUGUGAGCGCCGGCAGGAGACCCGUGAGAACCGCCGCUGCCGCCCCAAUGUGACCACUUGCCGCCAGGUGGGGAAGGCACGGAGGCUCCAGCAAAGAGAGCAGCUCCAGAGAGCACGACAACAGGAGUUCUUCAGGAGGAGGAACUUGGAGGUGGAGGAGAAAGGCAAGGCCCAGAGCCCCAGGGCCAAGGAGCGAGGUCCCUCCAGGAGGCCAGGCCAGCCAACUGACCUCAAAGAACCCUUGUCUUGGGCCCACAAGAUCUCUUGCCCCCGGCAGCAGGUGUCAGACACCAGCUCUGAGAUUUUUCGAACCCAGCGUCACCCUCCCUCAGGCACCUGGAGGGAUCUACCUGACCGCCCCUUCCAGGCCAGGGACUUUUCACCGAAGGACUCUCCCACCAAAAAACCACCCCAGCACCAUCGCGGCACUCAGACAAAGGCCGAAGCAGCCCAGCCAACAAUUAAGAAUGAUGCUAGUCAGCAAACCAAUUACGGAGUUGCGGUUCUGGAUAAGGAAAUCAUCCAGCUUUCUGAGUACCUCAAAGAGGCCUUACAAAGGGAGCUGGUUCUAAAACAGAAAAUGGUGAUUCUCCAAGACCUUCUCUCCACUCUGAUAAGGGCCUCUGACAGCUCUUGGAAGGGCCAGCUUAACGAAGACAAAUUGAAGGGCAAACUGAGAUCUUUAGAAAACCAGCUGUACACCUGUACUCAGAAAUAUCCGCCUUGGGGAAUGAAAAAGGUGUUAUUGGAGAUGGAAGACCAGAAAAACAACUAUGAGCAGAAGGCCAAGGAGUCACUGCAGAAGGUGCUGGCGGAGAAAAUGAGUGCGGAGCAGCAACUGCAGAGCACACAGCGGUCCCUGGCUCUGGCCGAGCAGAAGUGUGAAGAGUGGAGGAGCCAGUAUGAAGCUCUGAAGGAGGACUGGAGGAACCUGGGGGCCCAGCACAGGGAGCUGGAGAGCCAACUCCACGUGCUCCAGUCCAAACUGCAGGGAGCAGACAGUAGAGACCUUCAGAUGAACCAGGCUCUGCGACUUCUGGAAAAUGAGCACCAGGAACUGCAGGCCAAGAUUGAACACCUGCAGGGGGACAGAGAUCUGUACAGCUCAGAUACCCUGCACCUACAAGAUCAACUGAAGAGGUCAGAGGAGGAGAAACUCGCCCUGGUGGCCCAAGUACAGCAGCUGCAGGGUUUGCUCCAGAAUCAAUCCUCACAGCUUCAAGAACAGGAGAAACUCUUAACAAAGAAAGAUCAGGCUUUGCCUGUGUGGAGUCCAAAGCCCUCCCAUUAUGAAGUGGAACCUGAGGGUACAGGGAAGGAGAAAGAAUGGGAUUUCAGAGACCAGCUGCAAAAGAAGACUUUGCAGCUCCAGGCCAAGGAAAAGGAGUGCAAAGAACUGCAUUCGGAGUUAGACAACCUCAGUGACGAGUACCUCUCCUGCCUGCGUAAGCUGCAGCACUGUCGAGAAGAGCUGAACCAGAGCCAGCAGCUGCCUCCCAGAGUAAGAGGGUCUAUCCUCCCAGAUCGUCCUGCAUGUUGGUGGGAUGGUUCCUCCUUCAGCCAAAUCCUGCAGAUAAAGUUUAUCAGCCCGUGCCAACAUCUGGCCAGCCUGUUCCAUUCAACUUGGUUGACAUACUUGAUAGUAUAA